GCGCCGCCAUGGGGGAGCGGGGCGGCGGAUGUGAGAGCGAUAGCGACGAGACGGUGGUGGAGGGCUCUGUGACCGAGAGCGAUCUGGACGAAGAGGAGUUCCGCAGGCGGCGGUGGUUACUUUUUCUUGAUAAGGACGUGGCUUUGACGACGGAAAUAAUUGCUGAAGGACCUGCCUCUCCAGAAAUCUGUUUUAUACAGGGAUUUUCUGACCACAUAUGUAGUCAGGAGGAAACACCGAUAAAUCCAAUACCUCAAGAGGCGUACACAACUGACCAGUCUCAGUCUCUACUGCAGGGUUGGAUAAACUGUCAGUCACUUACUGAAAAUAUUUCUAAGCCUGGUUUUCCACUAAAUGCUGCAGUAGAGGGACAGCAAAAUAAUUCUGUAGGUAUGUUGUAUUUUGUACAAAACUGA